UCACGUGACUUCUUUGUGUGUCGGACUCGCAGCGUGUGAGUCAGACAGCCUGUAUCUCUCUGUAUUCAUCUAUGUAUUCAAAUAUAUAAACGGAAUUUUACCAAAAUACUCUCCGAUGUGGAUGGAGAGGCCUUAGCGGUACUGUGUGUGCAAACGGGGACAUGUGGAGAUUCUGAGUACUACAUUCCAAGCGAUUUUCGUGCGGGCACCUUGCUUGAUUUCGUGGGUUGGUUAUGGCGGUGGUCGGGCAAAGACACGCUCGACACAUUAUAAUGCCCCCUCCCAAUUUACCUCCCCAUUCCCAACAUGCUAUCCUGACGGCUGCUGUGGCGGUACCUUACUACCAGGUUGUACCCCCACAAGAUGUCCAGCCGGACAGACCCAUAGGAUACGGGGCAUUUGGAGUUGUCUGGUCGGUAACGGACCCACGAGAUGGAAAGAGGGUGGCCCUGAAGAAAAUGCCUUGCGUCUUCCAAAACCUAGUCUCAUGCAAACGGGUUUACCGGGAGCUGAAAAUGCUCUGUCAUUUCAAACAUGACAAUGUAUUAUCAGCUCUUGACAUCCUACAGCCGCCAAACAUCGACUUUUUCCAAGAAGUUUACGUACUAACCGAACUCAUGCAGAGUGACCUUCACAAGAUCAUAGUUUCUCCACAACCUCUCACUUCCGACCACGUCAAAGUCUUUCUUUACCAAAUACUCAGAGGCUUAAAAUACCUCCAUUCCGCCAGAGUUUUACACCGUGAUAUCAAACCGGGAAACCUACUAGUCAACAGUAACUGCGUACUAAAGAUCUGUGAUUUUGGAUUGGCCCGGAUUGAGGAGCCAGAUGAGUCGAUCCACAUGACCCAGGAGGUCGUGACCCAGUACUACAGAGCCCCAGAGAUCCUAAUGGGAGCAAAGCAUUAUGGGUCGGGCGUGGAUAUCUGGUCCGUGGGGUGUAUAUUCGCGGAGCUGCUUGGGCGGCGGAUUCUCUUCCAGGCACAGAGCCCCAUACAACAGUUAGAACUCAUCACAGAUUUGCUCGGCACACCGUCAGUGGACGACAUGAGGACAGCAUGUGAUGGCGCGAGGGCACACUUACGAAGACAGCCCCACAAACCUCCCUCACUAGCUGCCCUCUACACACUCUCCAGCCAGGCUACCCAUGAGGCAGUUCACCUCCUGUGUCGUAUGCUUGUCUUCAACCCCAAGAAACGCAUCACGGCGGCCGACGCCCUUGCUCACCCGUACCUAGAUGAGGGCCGGCUACGUUAUCAUUCAUGUAUGUGUAAAUGUUGUCUGAACACCAACUCCUCAGGGCGCCAGUAUACCUCCGACUUUGAGCCCGUCUGUCACCAGCCAUUUAGCUAUACAUUCGAGGAAGGACUCACGUCGGUCAGAGUUGUUAAAGAAAAAUUACACAAGUUCAUUUUAGAACAGCAACAAGGGAAUUCGGUUCCUCUAUGUCUCAAUCCAAACUCCAUAUCAUAUAAAAGCUUCGCAAGGGAUCCACUGUCAGAGCGCGACAACGUGAAGAGGGGCCACUGACCGGUAAAACUCACAAGUGGCACAGCCGUCUGAACUCCCACCUUCUCCUCAUGCCUGGGACUAAACUUCCUCAUCUGUUUCAUCGUAAUCAUCAUCAUCAUCACAAAUUUUAGCCAGGACCAAAGUGUGAAUGCUUUAUUGGCCCUAUCAUGGGGUGAAUAGAUGUGUUGACCUGGAGGUUGGCACUAAUCAGCCAAUGAAUUCCACUCAUCAAUAGUUUACUCUAAAGAUUUUGGUGCUCACAAUUAUGUGUGUAUUGUCGUGUGAUAAUGUUAUUUGGGCGAAUAUUUUUUUUUUGUCUUAAGCUGUAACACUGUUUGACAGUGAAACCAAUCGUACUGUUUAACAGUUUUGUGACUUCCAAUUGCUAUGUGACAGUUGGUUUACUGUAUCAUUAACGCCAUUGAAAUAUUCCACAGAAUUUCAGAUGAAAUACUUACACAUUUUCUCAACAAUUUGAACUGAAAUGUUACUGCUAUAUAACACUUACUGUAGUUGAAUAUCCAGUAGAGUUGUCCCAAGUUACGGCACUUCUAUUCAACAAACUGUCUCCCUUAUAUUUUUGGAGUUAUCUCCCUUGGUCAAAUUUACCCGUACAACCCUCUGUCACAUACCUACAUGGAGAAGGAUCUCAACCAGUCAGACAUCAACUCAGACGUGGAGAGAGAUUCUUUAAUUUUCUUUAUAUAAAAUUAGGUAAAUAGCAAUAAGUGCCAGUAAUCAUUUAAAAUUAAAAAUAUAUAUCUAAAUUUUCCUUUGUACAUCAGCCUUCUCAAAUCAUCUUUCAUGGCAAGGAGAAAAAAUAAUUACAGAAUAAUUCGCUAAAAAGUGUGACAAUUCUUCUCUGUGGAACCACAAGCUGAGUGGAAGUCUGACUGGACUAUAUUUAUAUGAGGAUGUGACUCGCAUAUCAGUGGAGUGAUCUCCACCCGUCUGUGGUAAAACAGAAUUACCUCCCCUUGUUCCAGUGUGUAACAUGCAAAUGGGGAUUGACCACCUAUACUAAGAUCUGUAUUCUGUGUCAAGUGCAUUCAACAAUCGUCCAUUCCGUGCAAUUUAUGAACCAUAGCUUGGUGUUAGUUGAUCAUGUGAUACUCGCCAAUGAGUGAAGAGUUCCGAUUCUGUAUGGCGGAGGGCUCCUGAAGCUGAGACGUUGAUUGGAUCGUGCCAGUAUCUUGUAUAAACAUAUGUUUCGUAAAUCCACACAAACUUUCAGGAUAGGAUUAGUAACAGAUGAGGAAUGUUUUCGACAGACUUGCGUGAAAGGGAGAUGUGUACAUGAUUUGUCAAGGUCGACAUUUAUCAUAAAUAUUUAAUAUGAAAGUUCAAAGACUUUUCUUGAAUUUCAUGGAAUGUGUGAUGCAAACUUCAGGCUGUGGUCUGAGGCGACAAUAUAUAGGUUGUGUGUUAGUAAUGUGAUGUUUCUGUUGCUUUGUUCAAAUGGAAACUUCACACAGUUCUGUGUUAACUCUGUGUGGGAACUCGUUGUACUAGUCUCCCAGUAUGAUAUUGGUGAAAAAUUUGGUGAUAAUAUACAUUGUGACAUCAUCGAUGACAUCAUUGGUAUGUACCAGAGGUCAAGAAUCUCAUCCCAAUGGUAUGUCCUAGUCAGCCAUUUUAUCUUUCCCUGUGUUUAUAAUACAAUGGUGGACUCUUACCAAGAUCUCUCUAGAUCAGAAUAUAAAUAUUGGUCCAAGACAUUUUUUUACGUUUUAUUUGUGGUAACUUUUUAAUUCCAAAUCUCUGUAUUAGUUGAGAUAUUUAAAUGAACCUCUCAUCCCCAUGUUUUCAAAGUGGAAUGUUCCAUAACAUUCGGUCUGGUCAUUCCAAAGAGGACAACAGGUUUGGAAGGGUGAAACAUAAAAAACAACACAGUCUCAUCCUGUUGUUUAAAUUACACAAUGCAAGAUCUUGUUGUGUCGUGACUAGACCAGAGAUCAUGAUGGACAUGGUCAAGUCUUGCGGACAACACUAUAUACCAUGUAUGAUAUUAUUUAACUGGAAUGUGAUAUGUAAUAAAUCUAUUUAUAGAAACUGUUCAAGCCAAUGAUAAAAUCAUGACAAACGGGAAAGCUUUAACAAAAUGCAAAGCAUUGUGGGUAAUUGUAUUUGUAGUUUGGGAGGUACAAUCGAGGUUUCUGAAUCCAGUUUCACAAAAUGUUUUUUAACUCUCUGGGAGAUUCCUGGACUUUCCGUGUUGUUUUUGGGGCCAAUUAUUGGUCCAAUUUCUGAUUGAAAUUAUUUCAUAUUUUAGCCAAAUUAUCAAAUUUGGGUUUACACAAAUUUUCUUUCCAAAAUGAGAUGUAAAGCCCCAUCCUGCACCAGGGAGAAAGAAAGCACUAAUAUAUCUCCCAACAUCUAAUCCUUAUUACUUACCUUGAUUGUAUAUGUGGAAAAAAAAAAAAGUUACGGAAAGCUGAUGUAAAUGAAGAAGUUAAAGACUAUCAGUGAAACUGGACCUGACAGCCGAGAGUUUGGGACCCCGAGACUCCCUCAUGUGUAGUCCUCGCCUAAUGAUCUCACAUUUAAUGUAUAUCGCACUUUUUUUAUUGUUACAAAUUCCUGCUACUUCAUCCAUGAUAUGCCAUUUAUUCUAUUUCUUAUUUUUGUUUGUCUAUUCUGACUGAUACAAGUGUACAGUAAUACCUUACGAUUUUUGUGUCCAUGUGUGUAUGUUAUGAGGGAGUGAUAUUUACAAGUGUACAUACCUGUGUAUUGAAUAGAUAAAUCAAAAAGGAAGACAAUUCCAGCUCUCUCAAGUCUUAAAGGUUUUAUAUAUUUAUUGUGUUUUUCGCGAUCAGACGAUUUGUAUUGUGGAUGUGUCCACCGUGUAAAUGCCUAAGUCUGUAAGUUUAGCCUUUUUGUCUCCUUGGAUAAGUGACUAGAGAUUUCAAGGUUGUCGCAUGAGAAUAUGCAUGUAACAGAUUCACAACGUAUGAACUAUCCUUGCAUCGGUUGUAUUUUACACAAGACAUCCACGUUGGUAUUCAAAAAAAAUUGUUCCUGUCGUUCGAGCAGUGCAUCUGCUCAAGCACAGUUUUAUAUGCCAGUACUUUUUAACAAAAUGUUUGUCUUGUUUGACAGAAAGACUUAUCUCGUUAAAUAAGUAAGAGGGUAACCCUAUAUGUCUGUAGGUCGGAACAACUCAGGGAAACAAUACUGCAGACUGUAAAAAUCCCUUGUUCAACACAGUACUACGAGUAGCCCUUAUAAUGUUGUAUUCUCCCAAUUGUGAGGGUAUAUCGACUGUUUUUUUUUUAAGAUUGUGGGGUAAUGGGCUUGUAUGCUGCCAGUAUCCUAUGCAUUAUAAUGCCACUUCCUUUGUAAUUAAAUUGUGUGAUGAACAACCCUAUUUUUACAUUUCUACCGUGACAUGUUGACACCGAAUGUUAUAUGUUUAAGUCAGAGGGGUAAAUGGUUGUGCUAUUGAAUGUCCUAGCAUUGCAAGAAUAACAUGUUAGAUAAUCAAAGAUUUCUUUUGUACAUUCAAAAUUUUGUCGAUGUUCAGAAUUUCUUUUCUUUUUUUUUUAAAUCGUGCCAAUUCAUCAGGGUUCCAAUGAAAUUUGUCCAAUCGUUUGUAUAUAUAAUGGUGUCCAUGACAACUACAUAUCGUUUUAUUUAGCUUGACCAACCAUCGACCAAUCGGUGAACCACCAGUGAAAGUGCCAGUUCACACACUAAAGCAUCUUGUAUCAUUGUAGUAAUCUGCAGUUUCUGCGGGAUUUGCUGUCGUAUGAUCUGAUGUUUACACACACAGGUGCAUUCCAUAGGUAACCCACUGCCUUUUACCAGUCAACUACACAGACAUACAGCAAAUAAUUUUAUUAUAAUAUUUUUUUUUUUUUAGUGUAUUUCCCCUUGAUAAUUUUAUACUACAAGGAAUAUACGUUUGUACAUAUAUUAUAUAUGUGUGUGUUUUGUGUAGUAACUGGUAGGUUUUAAUUUAUUUCAUAGUAAUUAGUAUGUUGGUGCGUUGUCCUUUGCCUGACUGAGUGUAUGCUUGACCUUUCAAAUUCACCAAGUACACAGCAAUGUGGUGCCGAUCACAAAGUAGAUAUCAUCGUCUCAUCAAAUUAUCAAUUCAAUAUUCCACAUAAAUAUUGACAUGAUCAAUUACAUUUUUUUCCCUUCUUAUAACUGGGGAAAGAAAAUAUACUGUAAAUUUAAAGAUCAGUAAUAUCUAAAAAAAAAUCUGAGCAGAUUUACAAGGUAAAAGGGAGAAAGGGGAAAGUAUAGUUGUAGAAAAAAUAUUCUGUCUGAAUCACAACCACAUUGUUUUCAUGUAGAGGGGAGACAACUCCUGGACACACCAACAAUAAGACACUAUGUAUUAUAUCUAUAUAUACCUAUAUUAUCAACAAUUGUACAGUUUUUUUUUAUGUAAAUGAGCAAAGGUCAUUCCACAAAUCAAUGUGUAUAUUGUAUAUCUGAUAUUUUUGUCAAUGGAAUGUUUCUAAUUGUGCAUGUUUUGAGAGUGUACAGUGUCUGUAUUACUGAGCAAGAGAAAAAUUUUGAAAGUGUUUGCAUGAAGAGAAACAGGCUGUGUUGUACAGAUCUUUAUCAUGAUGUCUGAUAACAGGAUUUCAAUUCAAGAUUUAAUAAUGAUUCAAAUUAAUUCCAUUAAAUAUACCUUGGAAAAUAAUUGUUAGUAACAACCUUAGCUGCUUUGGAUUUUUAAACUGAAAUAAGAUUGCCAGGAAAAUAAAAUAAUCAUAAAAAAAAAAAAAAAAAAAAUCAUUAAAAUUGCAAUUUUGAAAAUCCUGUCUCAAACAGCGUAUAAGGAAUUGUAAAGAAGGCCUUGGGGUAAAUGAUGGUAUUUAUGUUGCUGUAGUGUAGGGGGCGUAAUUAUUCCAAUACGGUAUUUUUGUCACAGUAGUGUAGGGGAGGUAACUAUUUCAACAUUUCCACAAGGCUUUGAUGUUGGUGUAAAAUUGUAUGUAUAAGGGCAGAUAACUCUGGCCUUCCCGAUAGACCCCCAUCCAUCAUUGAUGUAGUUACAACACCUGCCUGGUCAGCACAUUGUGUGGUGUUGCCAAAAUAUUGUUAGCAUUUCCUGUUUUUGUCCUACACAAACUUCAAAAGGCCAUUUUGGUUUAUCAACAUGUGCAAUUUUUGUAUCUGAUGUAAAUAUAUGAAUAGUGAAAAGUGUCUCUGUUACAUUGUAGAGGUUACUGGACUUUUUAAACUCGCCCCGUUACAGUUGUUCAUAUAAUUGUUCAAAUGAAAAAAAUAUAUAUAUAUCUACAUUUUAUAGAAGUCAAAAGCAAUAUGACUUUGACUGAAGCUUUGGGUUGUGGGGGACGGCAGGAUUGUAGGUUCAUAUUCCUUAGUUCUCCAUUGUACACGUGAAAUUCAGUGCCUUCCGUUCGUACCUCAGGUCCUGUACACGUGUUCCGUUGGCAAGUUUUAAUAAAAACUCAAAGUUUUACCCCAAAAAUCUAUUGCCGUUUCUUUUAUUUCUUAUAAGUGACAACAAAUCUAUUUCGUCAUUGCUGCGGAUCUCCGAGGUCUGUUGAAAUUGUCAUGUUUUCUGUCACAUCAAUAGCCAAAAUUGAUCGGCUAUGUAUGUAUCUAUUAAUGAACUUAUUGUUAUUAAAAACUUUUUUUUUUAUUAAAAUUUUUAAAAGUGAAAGAGCGAAGUUGUUAGCUUGUUUGGUUAAAGAUUUCCGUUUCUUGCUAGCUGGACACUGUCCUGCAGAUUUUUCCAAGCCUUAUCCCUUAUGUGUCGGUGUGUUAGGAAGACCAGUGUCUUUAGAGGAUAUCUCAUGUCAGUUAUUUUAAACAUCAACCAGUUGUGGUAGUUGUUUAGCACUGUGACACCAAGUAGGGUUUCACCAGAUCAUAACCUCUGCAUGACCUUUGACCAGGGUUCACCUUUGAACUAUUGACCCUUGUGGCCUUUGAAUUAUUAUCUUGCCAGAGGUAUCCAAUGGGAAAAGGUUAUGUGGAUGAAUAUAUAUAUAUUUUUUUUGGCUGUACAAACUGCCGCCCCAAGCCUGUGGUUGUAGGCCCUGGGGUUAUUUAUUGUUUGUUCAGGUCUGCCUAUAGAUGUAUUGCUAUUACAUGAUAUGUCUAUAUUUAGGUAUGUCUAUAUUUAGAUAUUUCUAUAUUUAGAUAUGUCUAUAUUUAGAUAUUUCUAUAUUUAGAUAUGUCUAUAUUUAGAUAUGAUAGAACCCUAGCUUUUGUUAUGUUUUGCACAGAAUUUGCGAGUGAAGUGUCAGAGAGAGACGAAUUGUGUAUGUUACGUCUAUUUACAUGUAUUUAUGAACGAAGUAAACUUUAAUAAAUGGACUAAAACCUGAAAAAUAAACCUA